AUGCCUCUUAUAUCCAAAGUCCCAACUAAAAUUUUGGGAAUGGAUGGUUCUCCUGAACAAUCUGGUGUGCCUUCAAUUGCAGCUCACCGUUCAUUCUUCCGCACGUCUCCCUACGCCUCCAACUCUGCCUCCCCCUCCGCACGCCGCCUCUUUCCUAAUCCACAAUGCCUCCUAUGCUCCAACGCCACACCGGGCCACCUCCGCCCGGACCGUGCCGCCUCCGUGCGCCGCCACGCCGGAUCCGCGGUGGAGGAGCCCGGGGACUCCAACGGCCCCUCCUCUCCUGCUGCUCGUUGUGCUCUCGGGCUCUUCGCCAUCCACCACUUCGGAGGCCAUCCCCGUCCACCUCUUCGCCGUACAUUCUUCUCCCUCCGCACCUUCUCAUCGCCCGACACCGCCGCCUCCUCUUUCCUGAGACUCAUCCGCCCGCACUUGCUCGAUCGGUGCCUCCAUCCAUCCUGCCAGUGGCCAGAGGACAUAGAAGCUCCCUGCCCUCACCUCAUCUCCGGCCUCCGAUCCAAUCGGACCCGCCUUCCAUCUGCCGGCGGUGCGUUACCUGCGGGACGGGAGAUCCAUGGCUGCGUUCCUGCUGCAGCUGUUGGCAUCAUCUCCAGAGCCUCAUUUGAUUCGCGGACAUGCCAGCAAGCUCUUCCCCUGGCCGUGAUUGCUCAAGUGCGCCAAGGGGAUUUGCACAGUUUUAAGGUGCAUGCUUUGUGAAGAGGAGAACUGGGAAGGCUUGGAUAUGAAGGUUAUUUUGCUAUGAUGAUACUAGAAAGGUGCCCAGGACUUUUUUGGAAAGAGGAAUGGCAUGGUCUGAAGUGAAACACUUCAUAUUCCAGAGUCCAGCUUCACCAACUGUAAUACUACGUCAGUAUAUGCACAUACACUUCACUAGCUGAAAUACUACUUCAGUAUAUGCACAGACUCUUCACCAACUGAAAUACUUCUUCCAAACUGCUUCACUAACAGAAUUGCUCAUAUAGAGAGCUAUAUAGCUUUAAGAAAACGGUGACCUAUGUUAUAUAUUAUUGUGCAAAUAUAAGACAUAACUUUGUUUUGUAUAAACCUGCAUUUUGUUUUAUACGGAGUAUAGACCUGCAUUUUGAUUGUUUGAUUUA